AUGACCGAGGUUUUGGCGCAGCUGCUGGAAAUGGGCUUUCCCGAGGAACGCGCGAAGAAGGCGUUGUCUGAAACCGGCGGAUCGGUUGAAGCGGCUAUGGAAUGGCUGAUCAAUCACGAGGAAGAUCAGGGAACCGGCACUUCCGAAGACACUGGCGCGCAAGAGGCGCAGCAAGAUGUUACUGCGUCUAGUUUCAAAUGCGACGAUUGCGGCAAGCUUCUUCGCGACCAGGAUGCAGUUAUGUUCCACGCCGGCAAGACGAACCAUGAGAAUUUCUCUGAAAGCACUGAGGAACUGAAGCCGUUGACGGCCGAGGAGCGUGCUACCAAAGCAGCCGAGCUUCGUGAGAAGCUCGCCGAAGUCCGCAAGAUCAAAGUUGAAAAGGAGCGAGAGGAGCAGGUCGCCAAAGAAAAACGGCGUCGUGAAGAGGGCAAGCUGAUGCUUGAGCGUCGGGAGCAGCAGAAGGAAAACGAGCUGCGUCAGAUUGCUGCCGACCGGCGUCGCGAGAAGCUGGAGGAUGCCGCCGCGAAGCAGCGCAUUUUGGAUCAGAUUAAAGCGGAUAAGGAGGCGCGUAAGGCCCGUGAGCAGGGCACGUCGGUUCCGGAACCGACCAAGCCAAUUCAUUCGGUUGCCCCAACGCCGAAGGUGGAUUAUCAGCAUGCUAACCUUCAGAUUCGCCUGUUUAGCGGUGAGGCUGUCCGCCAUACGUUCGAAGCCAAGGCCACAAUUAAAGACGUGUAUGAAUGGAUCAAGGCCAACCAUAACCAGGACGGUACCCCAUUCCAUUUGAUGACAACGUUCCCUCGCAAACGACUUGAUGGCGCUGAUGAUUUCAAUGCGACCUUGGAAUCUUUGGGACUUGUGCCCUCUGCCGUCCUGAUCAUGUCCCGAAACUUAAGCGCAUGCCAA